AUGCUUCAGAACUGCCCUAAGAGCUGUAACGUUUGUUCAGGAACGGUUGGUAAGUUUUAACGUCGUCGUCGUCGAAAUUAUCAUCAUAAUCUAUCCAACAGCUGUCAUUUGGGACCGUUAGCUUGCAAACUUAGUUCGUGUACCUUUAAAAGUCAAUUCCCAGACCAUUCUUUACCCUAACGUCUCUAUUUGUGCUGAUGAGCAAAUAGAAAAAGUAUCAUCAUCACCAUCAUCAUCAUCAUCAUUAUCGUUAUUAUCAUCAUCAUCAUCAUCCAUCAUCAUCAUCACCAUCAUCAUCAUCAUCAUCAUCAUCAUCAUCAUCAUCAUCAUCAUCAUCAUCAUCAUCUAUUAUCAUCAUCAUCAUCAUCAUCAUCAUCAUCAUCAUCAUCAUUAUCGUUAUCAUCAUCAUCAUCAUCAUCAUCAUCAUCAUCAUCAUCAUCGUUAUUAUCAUCAUCAUCAUCAUCAUCAUCAUCAUCAUCAUCAUCAUCAUCAUCAUCAUCAUCAUCAUCAUCAUCAUCAUCAUCAUCAUCAUCCAUCAUCAUCAUCAUCCAACAUCAUCAUCAUCAUCUUGACACCGCCAUUAUCUUCACCACUUCUACCAUUACCAUCAUCAGAUUAUAAAUGACAACAUCACGCUGGCCUCACAGAUAAUAAAACCGACAAGACUUGUUCAAGUUAUAUUUGAUACCAGAUGAAAACUUUUCUGCAAAAUUAAAGGGCAUAAUUCGUUAACUUAAUGACUAUCUGUACCUUGACAUAACGCAAUUUUAUAUUACAUAUUUUUGACUGACUACUUUUUAUGCUUUCAUUGUAUCUAGCUUCUUUUGACUUGUGGUUUUACUAACAUUGCAUCUAUCAUUGGAAUCUUUCAUAGCGUGUGUCAAUAUUUACAAUGAUGCUUACUGCCAUCUUCAUAUUCGCAACUGCUGGGUUCAAUCAUAUGCUCCUAAACUGAUUAAAAACUGUAGGAAGACUUGCUUGUGCGGCUGUUGUUCUGCCAUUCCUGCAACGACAUCGCCAAGUGCAACCAUAACAACGGUAACAACAACAGCAACAACAACAACAACAACAACAGACACGUCAACAAAACUCGGAACCUUUCCCCAGACAACGACCUACAGAACUGUUCACAGGAGGACAACUGACGUCACUGCAAUGACGUCACUUGGUACCCAUUCUCCCUCUCACUCAGGAGGUAAUUUGUUUGAACUCAUGAAAUUCAUAAGAUUUUGUACAAACAACUGUGAGCGGCUUAUAAACUGAAAAGAAUAGAAACAAACUGUAUUAUAACAAGGUUUAAAGGGCAAGGGGCACCCAACGACUGUUUUCUGUAAAAUAUAUGAUCGGAGAAGCAAUUAUUGCCUAGGAUUUUCUAUUCUACAGGUACAAUUUACGAAGCUUAUCUAAAAAUUCCCUACGAUUUUCUGAAGUUUAAUUUUUUUACGUUUUAUUCCCCAUGUUUGGCAAAUUUUUGAAGAAAAAGAAAACCUAAAAUUUUCGGGUUCAAAAAUAUGAUGGAGUGAGGAAUAAGAAGAAUUCUCACUUUCAUAAAACGUUUAAUUGCGUCUAAACGACGCAGGAAAAUAACACUGAAGCCCUUGUAUUUUGGAAAAGCCUCAAGCUUAACUAGGAUGACCGAACAGACUUAAAUUUUAUAGCUCCCCUUAGAAUGCAUUUCUAGACUGGAUGGAGAGUACUCUGGUUAGCCUUAAAAGACGUUUCAAUGCAUUUAGAAAAAACCGUCGUUUGGUGCCCCUGAGGGAACAAUGAAGAUAGCGCUUGCUGCUCCAACUUUACCUGGUUUGGAUUAGCAGUUUUGCGUCGUAUCAGUGAGUCAAAGAUAGUCUUUUAUCCCAUCAAUUUUUUUUAUUGCCAGCCCUAUCCCAACUAUCUGAGCAAUACUUAAGUCAUUCACGGUAAACUUGUUGUAUUUUCAAGACGCUUUAUGCUUAACACGUUUCGACCCUUUUCGUUUUGUUUACUUUCAGCUGCAAGCAAUACUUCACCUUCUACAAGAGUGAAUACCAGUGAGGAUAGUACAAAGGUUGCUUACGACUGUUAACGUUCUUUUAAAGAUUAAUAGAAUUGUUAGAACCUUAUGUGGGACGGGCUCGUUAUGUCGUGGCUAAGGCAUAAGAGAUGACAACGCCUACAUGUCAUUUAUUAUGCCGAAUCAUAAGUGCGUUUUAUCUAUCCUGAAACCAAAACGAAAAAUCUACUUCUGUGGAUCUGUGCCCAAUCACACAAGUUCUUUGAAGCACACAAAUGAGCCAUGUAGCCAGAUCUCAAGACAAAUACAUUUAGCCAGCCCUGAGCGCGAGAAAAUAAAUGCAAGUCUACCCACUUCAUUUCACUUCUGAGUGGUUGAAUGAAAUGGGCAAGAUAUUUUUUAGGCAAUCAGGAACACAGCAAGAAACUUUUCCAAUCAAACACUGCUUUGUUUCAACUCAGUUUUUUUUUGUCAAAUUUCAGGACUCACUGGCAGAGAAUAGGAAGCAGCAGGCUCGAUACAUUGUUGUUGUCGGCCAUUGUUGCUAGUGCUGUCGUUGUUAUUGGUAUUCUGGCGCUUCUCUUGCUUUGCUUUUGGAGAAAAAAGAACACGUAAGUGUUUACUUCUUUUGGUUGUUCCUUUUCCCACCCAUCCAUCCAUCCAUCCAUCCAUCCAUCCAUCCGUCCGUCCGUCCAUCCGUCCAUCCAUCCAUCCAUCCAUCCAAUCAAUCCAUCCGUCCGUCCGUCUAUCCAUUUAUUCUUAAUCUCAGUUUCAUUUUUUCUUCCUUUUGCGGUUUUCCCCUCUUUUUUGUUCUUUGAACUCUAUGUUCCGUUUUACGUAUUCAGACCAGUCUCCUUUUCCUUCCUUUCUUCCUUCAGCGGAAGCUUAGAUCAACAAAAGAAGUCGCCACUACCUACAGGUUUGAUUUUUCGCUGUUGUUGUUAACAUAUACACACUGCCAAAUAUAGGAGAACAUGAUUUUCAAGCAAAAUGCUAUUAGCCCCACUCCCCUACCACCCCCUUUUAAAUAGCUUCCAUAUAAUUUAUGAACUCACCAAAAUAAUCCUUCACUCCCCUUUUUUGAUAUUAACUUGCUUUUCUUUUUUGAAUUUCUGGGCAUAUUGA